AUGACGAAGAAGCGCAAGAGGUACCCAGACCUCAACCAGAAGCUCGAGCGGCCAUGGUGCUACUACUGCGAACGCGACUUCGACGACCUGAAGAUUCUUAUUUCACAUCAGAAAGCGAAGCACUUCAAAUGCGACCGCUGCGGGAGGCGGUUAAACACAGCCGGAGGUCUUUCGGUGCACAUGAACCAGGUCCACAAGGAGAACCUCACACACGUCGAGAACGCAAUCGGCGGGCGCCAGGGCCUGGACAUUGAAAUCUUCGGCAUGGAAGGCGUCCCCGCAGAGAUCAUAGACCAGCACAACCAGCAAGUCACCCAGAAGCACUUCGCCGAGGAGGCAGAGCGCGCGCGGUUAACGGGCAACCCGGUGCGCGGGCUGUAUGCGAACGGGCAGGCGCCGCCGAACAAGCGCAAGAAGGUCAAUGAGACGCUGGAGGAGAUCGAGGAGCGCGCGAACAAGUUCAGGCACGACAGGCAGAACGGCAUCUUGCCUGCACCGCCCGUCGAGGUCACACAGCCGAACCCUGUAAGCACACCCCCAGCAGCUGCACCCUACGGCGCACCACCCGCUCCCUUUUCCGGCGCGCCCGCCUACCCACCACAAGCCCCUCCUCCCCAGCCCUUCCCCGCGAAUGGCGCUAUACCCCCCCCACGACCAGGAAGCAUCCCCGGGCAACCUGCUGCUCUCCCCCCGCGUCCAGGCUUCGGCGCGCCUCCAGCAUUUGCACAGAACGGCUCGGAUCCGGCUGCCAUACACGCCUCGGUCGAUGAUCUCAUCGGCUCUGUUGCGAACGAAGCCACGCCGACGGACAAGAAAGACGAGAAGAAGAGCAAAAAGAACGCUAACAUCAAACUCAUGUUCUUCGACGAGAGCAUCAGUCCCGAGGAGAAGAUGGCCAGAUUACCGCGAUUCGCCGAGUUCGCUAGGGCGUAG